AUGUCCCGCUUCAAAGACAUCCUUGCCGGAAAACUAAACUCCGGCGACAACCCAGCCACCCGAAAGAAAAAACUCAUCCUCGCCGCCCUCGCCUCCGUCCUCCUCCUGGCCGCCGUAGUCGGUACAGUCGCCGGAUUCCGAUCAAAUCGAAAAAACUCCGACAGGCCGGUAAGCAUCAAAACAUCUCACGCGCUCGUGUUAGCAAAUUCCCACUGCUCCACCACGCGCUACCCCGAACUCUGCUUCUCCACCUUAGCCGAGGCCAUUAAUGACGGCCGCGGGAACUUGACCUCGCAUAAGGACUUCAUCCUCGUAACGCUGGAAAAAACCAUCGCCGCCGCGGAGAAAAACCUCUUAAACGUCGGGAAGCUGCUCAACAACAGCCGCCGGAAGUUCACGGAGAGGGAGAAGCAGGCGCUGAACGACUGCCUUCAGGAGACUGGCCUGACAUUGGACGAGCUCCGGUCAACGGUCGCUGAGCUGAAAGAGUACCCGUCGGUCAGUAAAUCGAUCGCCAGCCACGCGGAUGACCUGAAAACUCUACUUUCCGCCGCGCUUACCAAUCAGGAAACAUGCCGGGAGGGUUUCUCGUACACCGAAAAAGAGAAGCACGAUCGGGAGGUCUUCGUCAAUGACGAAGUCGUCCACGUGGAGAAGCUCUGCAGCAAUGCCCUCGCCAUGCUAACAAACAUGACCAACGCCGACGUGGCUGCCGCCGCCGCCGCCAGCGGCGGCGGGAGAAGGCUCCUGGAGUCAGGGGGAUGGCCGGAGUGGCUAUCCGCCGGAGACCGGCGGCUGCUGCAGACGAGUAAUUUCACCCCGGACGCGGUAGUGGCAGCGGAUGGCAGCGGUGACUACACCACCGUGGCAGCGGCGGUGGACGCGGCGCCGGAGAAGAGUGAUAAGCGGUUUGUCAUCCAUAUAAAGGCCGGGGUCUAUAGGGAGAAUGUAGAGAUCGGGAAGAAGAAGAGGAACAUAAUGUUUAUCGGGGAUGGUCGGAAUAAUACGAUCAUCACCGCCAGCCGGAACGUGAAGGACGGGAGCACCACGUUCAAGUCGGCGACGGUUGCCGCGGUCGGAGCAGGGUUCCUCGCGCGCGACAUCACCUUCCAGAACACGGCGGGCCCGGCCAAGCACCAGGCCGUGGCCCUGCGCGUGGGGUCCGAUCUCUCGGCAUUCUACCGGUGCGACAUGCUCGGAUAUCAGGACACGUUGUACGUCCACUCCAACCGCCAGUUCUUCACUGAGUGCCUCGUCAUCGGCACAGUCGACUUCAUAUUCGGCAACGGGGCCGCAGUUUUCCAAAACUGCACCAUCCUCGCCCGCCUGCCCGACGCCAACCAACGCAACAUGGUCACGGCCCAGGGCCGAAUCGACCCGAACCAGAACACGGGCAUCGUGAUCCAGAAUUGCCACAUAGGCGCCACCCCGGACCUAUUUCCGGUCCGGAGCGACUUCCCGACCUACCUCGGGAGGCCGUGGAAGGAGUACAGUCGGACGGUGAUCAUGCAGUCGACGAUCGAUGAUGUCAUCCGGCCGGAGGGGUGGCAUGAGUGGAAUGGCGAGUUUGCGUUAGACACGCUCGUCUACUUGGAGUAUCAGAACACGGGGGCCGGGGGAAAUACGACGGGGAGGGUGACGUGGCGCGGGUUUAAGGUUGUUACGAGCGCGGAUGAGGUGCGGCCGUACACGGCGGGGAACUUUAUCGACGGGGGAAGUUGGCUAGGAGGAACCGGGUUUCCAUUUUCUCUAGGGUUGUGA